AUGACACAACAAACGUUGGGCAUCAUCUCUUUGAACGUCAAGGACGAUAUUUUAAACAAAAUAUCAACCACCUUGAAAGUCAAGAUUGUGUAUGAACAGCAAUUUGACCUGACUGCAGCAACAUCGCUGGAGGUAUUGGACAAGACCAUUAGCAAAACCCUGCCUGUCUAUGGUUUUAUUUUAGAAGGCUCAAAUGCAAUCAGAGAUUGGUCUCAGAUCACAAGCAGCACUGCAUCUCUUUCAAAAAGACGUGGCACAUUUGUACAUGCAAGCACAGUGGAAAAUGCUCAGCACCAAGUAGGCUGGUUCAAAAACCUGGUUUUGAAUGAUUUGUCGGUAGAAAAGAACACUUCCACUACCAGUAGUACGAGCAGCUCCAGUAUUCCAAUCAAAGUAAAGAAACAACAAAAGCCCAAAUCAGUAAACGUUUCAGACAAUUCCUCUCAACGAAAACCAGUGCGUAGCGGUACGACAGCUCAACAGCAAUCACCUCCAUCUCGUCCUCUAGCCACUGCUGCUAGAAAGCCUGCCGUAUCUACUAGUAACCGUAGCAAGAUUCCAAAUGCUAAUGUAAAAGCAAAACCUGUAACUACUCGUCCUACAUCAGCAAUAGCAACAGCAGCUAAAGUAAAGACACCUGCCACCAGUUCUGUCACACCAACGAAAAGAGUAAAUGACGGCAUGAAACCAGCAAGUGGAAGAAGAGGUAGCCUGGUAGCAUCUACACUAGCAGCAUCAUCCUCAAAAAGGUUAUUGAGUACCACAUCCAAAGGAGGUGUUAUCAAAAAUACGCCGCCUGUUUCUGUAUUGACUGGACGCACAAGAAAGCCAAGUCGACUCACAGAAAAGAGGCCUGUAUUAGUUGCUGCUUCUGCUGCCCCAGAAAAGAUUGAUAGCGUCAAAGAAGAGGAGCAAACAGAGGAGAUCAAGCCAGAGAUCCAACAAGAGGCCUUGUCAUCACCAUCUACACCUACGCCAACAACAACAACAACAAGACCAUUUGAGGAGGCUGUUGAACAUGCUGAAGCUCAGGAAGCUCCAUCUGAUACUGCCAUGAUCCAAGAACAACAUAUUGUCUCUUACCCAUCUACUUGUUCUAGUGCAGCUACGGAUGAACAUGAUGCAGAAGUCGCUGCAACUACCAGCAAAAAGGAUAUGAUGAUUGCAUCAUCCACACAAACAAGUGCCAUCAACACUAGCUCAGUACCUUUGCUUUGCAAUAGUGGUCGAUCCUCAUUUUCUCCUACUUCCAUUGCCUCCUUACCUAGACCUGAAACGCCCGAAGUAGAUCAACUGAGGCUUCGUUUUGAAACCAUCAUUCAAACCUCUACACCUGUUGGUAAUACACAAGAUGUUGUUGCCAGACGACCUUCAUCCAAACUAUCUCAAUACGAGCUUGCCUCCCGCAUCAAGGAGAUGAAGCCUAGAGGACCCGUUGGUAGUAGAGUCAAGAGCAUGGUGGAGCUCUUUAUGGAUGAAAACUUGAACAAAUGGGAGUUCUAA